AUGUCUGAUCGACAGACUGUAUGUAAUCAUUUGAUGUCCCUUCGUCCCUUCAGAGAAAUUGGAGAUGGAGCAUGGGAUUCUUGGACUAUGCCCCUUCAGGAACAGACAGCAAUUGCUUGUGAGAAGGUGGUGAAGAGUGUGAGUGAACUAAGCGAUGGUUACAACUUAAUUGGACUUUCUCAGGGUUCCAUGGUUGCUCGAGGGGUUAUUGAAUUUUGUGAUGGGGCACCUCCUGUGAAGAAUUUGAUUACACUGGCAGGUACCCAUGCUGGUAUUGCUUCAAUUCCUUUCUGUGGAUCCACCAUUGUAUGUGUUCUUUUGGAUGAUUUAAUCAAGUCAGAGAUCUACAGCAGCUGUGUUCAGGAACACUUGGCUCCCAGUGGUUAUUUCAAAAUCCCAACGUUUGAACAAGACACAGUUUUGGUACCGAAGGAAACCUCCUGGUUUGGAUAUUAUCCAGAUGGAUCCUUCGAUACUGUUUUGCCGGCACAAGAGACUCGGCUCUACAUUGAAGACUGGAUCGGUUUGAAAACAUUGGAUGAAGCUGGAAAAGUUAUAUUCAUUAAUGUGUCUGGGGGGCAUCUUGAUAUCUCUGAAACUGAUAUGAAGAAAUACGUAUUGCCUUAUUUGGAGGAACAAGCACCAUCCACGACACUGCAGAUGACAAAAGGAGCUUCCUCUUAUAGAUGGCUUUCAACAAUCAAGAACUUCGUCAUGGAGUUAGUUGGACGCACAGAGGAUCAACAUUUGCUGCAUAUUCUGCGCUAG